AUGAGCAAAAGAUUAGCGAGUGCUGAAUCUGCAAGUGACUCGAAGAGGCUAGAGUCUUUGGUAAAAAGAGUUGAAAAUGAGUACACCAAGUACUUUCCUGGUGAAAAAAAUGGUGCGGUGGACGUAAUCGAGGUACCAGAAAGUGCAGAGGACAUCACAGCAUUUUUGAAAAAGUACGUGCUAGAGCGUAAGCCUUGCAAAAUCAAGGGCGUUGUUUCACAGGAUGUGCUGCUCAAGGGCUUGAAUCCUGCAAACAUUACUACAGCUUUGCCAGCGGACGAAAUUUUGCAAGUGGAGCGGAAGGUUGAGGGAGGGUUUGGCAGCGGCGAAAAAAGAAUACUGCUGACGCUGGGUGAGUUUAUGCGUCGUUUGGGAGAAGGCGAGGGCAAUUUGUACCUGACAACGCAAUAUGCAGAAGACAAAGAUGCCGAGGAUGACGACUACGAAGGUGGAUCACAGCGAGUAGCGCAAGAGGCGGAAGAAUUCUACAACGAAAGCGAAAGCGAGGAGGAAUUGGAGGAAGACGAAAUUGCCGCUUUUCCCAGCGCCGACGAGUUCUCAGACGGUGGCUCUUUCAGCAUGGAUAAUGCGCAUGACGAUUUCGAUGAGAUUAACUCACCGGAAGACGACCAACCAGAGGCGCAACUGGAAACCGGCGCUCUGAGUGCGGCAGAGGCAGAACAGCGUGUUAGAGAACUUUAUCAGCCUCCAAUGAAUCAUUUAGUAAACCGGCUCCCCGAGACGCCAGAAUUCAUGAAAAAGCUGAUACCGCAGCAAAUAAAUCUGUGGAUCGGGUCAACAGCUGGAACUGAGACAAAUGAUGACGCUUUUCUGUCGAAAUUUGACCCCCAGGCACCGAAGAUGGGUCUAGGAAGAUUUGUCCCGAGCGGUGGAUCGUCCUCAGGGCUACAUCACGAUCACGCGGAUAACAUCUAUGUGCCAAUUAGUGGAAGAAAGCGGUUCACACUGUUCUCGCCGCGUGAUGCCGCCAAGAUGUAUACCGUGGGGGCUAUUCGCAACGUUUACAACUCAGGAGUUAUCGAUUAUGCGCAGGGUGAGCAAUCGCCUCUUUGGAGAUCAUUACGUGACGAUGGUGCCAUAUUGGCUGAAGUAGCCCAUCAAGAAUUGCUUCACAAUGCAUCUUUGAGCCUCGACGAGAAGAAUCGCAUGCAAAAAUUCAUUGAUACAGACGAAGCUACACAGAAUGGAAAAGAGCCCAGCGCGAAGCUUGAUCCUCCGUCAUUUUCUACUGUGGCACCUGCAAUCGUGCACUUGGAUAAGAUAAAAGACAAAACGGUGCGAGAGAAAAUCCACGCCAAGGCCUUAGAGAAAUGGCCACUUUUUUUGCAGGCGAACCGCCUUGUAGUGGAUCUGGAACCGGGUGAGAUGCUGUAUUUGCCAACGGGCUGGUUCCACGAAGUAACGUCUUUUGGGAAGGAGAACGCCGCAUCGGCGCAAGACCAAAUUCACGUGGCGGUGAACUACUGGUUUGUCCCGCCAAACGGAGAAACCAUCGAGAAUCUGUACCCUCAUGAGGAUAAGUACUGGCCGCUGGAUUUUGAACGCACCCAGGCGGCUGUUGAUAAAGUUAGGCAACGGGCCCCGUCUGUGUGA